GUUAGCCGCCGAAAUGGCUCGCUAAGAGCUCAUGGGGGGAUGCAGGUUGCAAACGGCGUUGCUAAUGUCGGUGUCGUGGGUGGCAGCGUGCCCGGCGGUGUCACGGCGGUGUCAUGUCUGCUGACCUGCCAGGCUCCGGAGUAGCCCGGUAUAAGCCAUUAGUCAUUUUUAAAACGUCUGCUAGUCACUUCCUAACAAACUGUUUCUAAACGGAAACUCUUGUUGGCACCGAUGGCGUGUGUCAGGAAGGGCCUUCGUGACAGGGGGCAGGGACCGGCUUAAACCCCACUCAGCAAGGGUUUGGAAAAGGAAGAGCAAGGGUUUUGAACAGCUCACCUGAUCAGGGGAGGGUUUCCCAAAGCCCUCAGCCCAAGGCAGCUAUGCUGCAAUUCCUGUUUGUCUCUUCUGACAUUUGCAUUUUGUUCUUUGCUUUAAAACCACAGGGUUGCACAGGCUCUUCUUGGAUGUCCCAUGGCCCUUCAAGUUAGUUCAAGCAUGCUUGAUUUGGGGUGUUUCUGUGCAGGGGAAGUAAAAUUGGUGAGUCUUUAGUUAGUUUAUGCACUUUCCACAGAAACUAACUUGAAGCAGAAGUUUCCGAUUUUGGCUUUGUGGUAAGCACUGGUUGAAAAAACAACAGAAAGAGCAGAAACAAAGUUGAACAGGGCCCCCUGCGAUUAAUGCAGAAAGCGGGGUUUGACCUGGAAGGAAUAGGAACACUGAUGUGCGCAGUGCUGAAUGCUCCUGUUUCAGUGGGUUGGAGGCUGGUCUGGUGGUGUCAUCACUAAACAGCACUAUGUGUCCACACCCUUCCCAGGAAUGCUGGUAGCAGGUGUAAGCAAGCCAGGUCUUUUCAUACCAGGCUUUUGCCAACAGACUCACUCUUCUGGUUAGCAGAUUCAGGUACAUGUUCAGUCCUCAGAUCAGAUUCCCCAGUGUGUGAGUAGGCAGGCCAAGCAGAUCAAAGCUAUUGACAUCCCCUGGAUUGAGGGGAGACUUGGCCUACACAGCCUGUGCACUCAUGACAGAGCUCCUUCAAUUUAUUCUUAUUUGGGUGUAGCAUCCCUAAUGUACUGGCUCUGCCCUGGUCAGAAAUGGGCUGUGUUCCAUUUUACUCAGGGCAAGGGAAACUGUCUGCAAUGGUUUGUUCUUACCUGUUUAACUCCAGCCAUCAGUGCUGUACUUUCAGCUUCCUAGAGCUCUGCUGUUGUUCUUCCAGCCUUGAUCAACAUUACGAAUUGAAAGGCAGUGCACCAAGCACAGCUCUGGCAAACUCACUGACUGAUAUUUGUUUUUUAGUGACUGUUAUGCUGGAGGAAGGUGUUCCGUGGACAGUCCUGGAGACAGAAGUGCUGUAUUUCUAGAGCAGAUCGUGUCGGUCGAUACUGCGCCCCCUCCAUCCUGCUGCAAUGAGUGGGAAGUCCUUGCUCUUAAAGGUCAUUCUCCUUGGUGAUGGUGGAGUUGGCAAAAGUUCUCUCAUGAACCGGUAUGUCACCAACAAGUUUGACUCACAGGCUUUCCACACGAUUGGUGUGGAGUUCUUAAACCGGGACCUGGAGGUGGAUGGACGUUUUGUGACCCUCCAGAUUUGGGACACUGCAGGACAGGAGAGAUUCAAGAGCCUGCGAACCCCCUUUUACAGGGGAGCAGACUGCUGCCUGCUGACCUUCAGUGUGGACGACCGGCAGAGCUUUGAGAACCUCAGUAACUGGCAGAAGGAGUUUGUCUAUUAUGCGGAUGUGAAGGACCCUGAACACUUCCCAUUUGUAGUCCUGGGCAACAAGGUAGACAAACUUGAGAGACAAGUGAGCACAGAGGAGGCCCAGGCCUGGUGCAUGGAAAACGGUAACUAUCCAUACCUGGAGACUAGUGCCAAGGAUGACACCAAUGUGGCAGUGGCCUUCGAGGAGGCUGUGCGGCAGGUGCUGGCGGUGGAGGAGCAGCUGGAGCACUGCAUGCUGGGCCACACCAUUGACUUGCACUCCAGCUCCAAAUCAGGGUCUUCCUGUUGUUAAGAGUGGCUGCUGCGUUGGGAACGUCGCUCGAGCCAGCGGCUGGAUCGGAAUAAGCACGGGCAGCUCUCGGGCAUUCUGAGGAGAGUGGCCACAAGGACAAUAGGUGUUUUGCUCACUAGGGAGUUGCAGCCUCACCAUCUGAAUUGUGGCUGGAAUUUUCAGGCACAGAGCAUGUAUCUGCAGGAGGGAGCUGUUAAAAGAGCGUGUGAGUGUAGUCCUGCUUCCAUCUCUGCCUGUUGUAGCAGGUUUAAAGGACUGGGUUAAAGUCCUUUAAAUUCACUAAAGACAGUAGUGAUCUGAUCUGUACCAAGAACUGCCUGUAGAACAAAUCUGAGAGUGCUCUAGACACUCUUUGAAGUGUUUUAGUCCUGAACUCAAAAAAAAUACUAGACCAACUAAACUCAUGACCUUACUGCCAAAGGAAAGUCUGCUCAACAUACUGAACAAAACCUGUUGUAGAGACUCUAGCCCAUGCGACUGUGAGAAUGCCAAAUACUAGAGUGGCUGAUAUGUGUGUAUUUGUUGUUUGGGUUAAGUGCAUUGUGUCCUGAGACUGAAUUGUGCUGAAAAUUGUUAGAGUUCUGAUCUGAAGCAACGUACAAAGGAGAGAUGGACCUGUGUUUGAACGUGGCAGCAUUGUUUCUUCGUAGCUGCCUAUUUCUGGUUUGGUUUUCCUCACCUCUGACUUUGUCUUGUGUGAGUGUUGUUUUGUGGAGAGACUGUCUCCUUGUUUAAUAUGUGUUUCCUUGUCUCUUCUGGAGGCUUGACACCAGAUCUCGCUUCUCAUACCUUGAAGCCCUGGAUGAAAAAUACAGAUGUCGAUGCUUGCUGGCUCAUGUCAAAGAGUUUAGAGUUACUCAGGAGAUCUGGAGGGUGAAACUUCAGCUGGUUUCUGUCACAAGUAAUCGCCACAUCCAGAUGAUAUGCUCUAGCAGACCGGACGGUAGGUGGGUGGGAUGUCUCAGGUGUGCAGGUGGCUGGAGGAGUCAUGCGUGGUUAGCUGUUAAAUCCACUAACUCGGGUGACCACUGUGCUUCAUUAGCUGGUGGAUCAGCAUCUUCAGUUGCUUUAGCACGGGUGUUCCCAUCUGGGUGCUGCAACAUGGAACCAUUCACUUAAUUACCUGUUGUGUAAGGUGCAGUGCUGCUGAACACAGUUAACUCAUGCCAUUGGCCUGGCCCUUACUCCCUAACGGGGAAUCCAGUAUGUUUUAUUUGUAAUUCAUAUGACAAACUUUACUGGUAGAGGAUGUCCGUUCUCUUAACUGGCCUUUGUCAAUGACUGCUGUGUUCAGUCCACUGGGGAGAGAGCUGUACUGCUUCCACCUCUUCAAGGUGGCUGAAAAAUGGUAAGUGAAGGUGGGGGGCAAGGAACCUUCUAGAAAAGUACACCAGGCUUUGCUGAUUCCAGCUCCUGCCCCCUGCUAGGUGUUAGUCCUAAGCUGUCUGUGUAGCAAAGAGAUGAGUGCUUGCUGACUGCUGUCUUUACCAUUGUAACCUCAUGUCAUGCAACUUCUCGUGCAAGCGUUUGUCCAAAACUGUGACUUUGCCCAUAAGCACACAGGAGCCUGCCAUGGGCAGAGCUUCCCUGAGUAUGUAUCCGCUAGCUGCUGAAUGCGAUUCCCACUGUGAUGUAUCUCAAAUCAAGAGGCCUCACUUACGCUGUGCUUUAGAGCAGGGCGAUCUCUGCCCUCAUGCUGGCUGGUGGCAGCUAAUCCCUAUCGCCGAGCAGUCUCAGAGCAUGUAGGGAGUCUCCUCUGGGGGAACUCAGGGUGAUCCUGCCCUUCUCUGCAGGGCAGCCACGUGUGGAAGGGACUGGAGCUUUAAUGCAAAGUGCUUUAGAGGGAUCUGAUUUCUAAACAGGGCUGAACACUCAUAUUCACAAGGAUAGAUAGGAAGUGCUUUCAGUCUCUGGAAAACCAGGUCCCCUGAGGUAUAAGAGAAGGCUCUGCUUCUGUAGGUGCAGCAGAUUUUUACAGGAUAUUAAAGUUAUUGUUACUGUUUAUUUACCACUGUCUGACCUCCCCAGGCCUCUAGAUUUUUCUUCAGUUUAACACUGCUUGAUAUUUCCUGAUUCAAGAUCCCAGACUCUGUGACCUGUGGUUCUGAUUUACAUCUCUGAACAGACACGUUCCCCCAGAGCUGGUUUGCACUGGGGCCCAGGGUUGGAACAGGCUCAGGCCCUUGUGUGCUGCCUGGCCCUGCUGAGGGAGCUCCCUGCCAGUGGAACUGCCGCUCUCCCAGAGCGGAUCUCACGUGGGAUUGGGCAGAGGCUGAACACGCCACUGUGUAGAAGGCAAGGGUGCAGCACGCUGUUUGCAGUACCCUGGGUGCGUGUUGAUGCUGAUAGCUGAAGGUCAAGAGCCUCAUUGUGCACAGGCUGUGCAGGUGGUAUGUAUUGCUGGAAGGUGUUACACAGCAUCUUUUAUUCCUAACAGACAUUGGAUCAUUGACUUUUUUAAAAAAAAAAACAUAUAUUUUAUUAGGUUUAUGUGUUUUAAAAAUCCAUUUUAAAAGUAUAGUAUAAUAUAUUUAAAUUGUUUAAUUUAUUUUAAAUGAUACGCACAAUUUCCAUAGGAGACAGGAUUUUGAACUCUUUGUUGCAAAGUUCAGUGCCAACAGCCAUUCCCUCCCUGUGUCCACUCAUGCUGCUGCGGUUGUUGCUAUUGCUACAGAACUGGAAUUGUAAAACUGAGAUUCUGCCUUUAUUUAAGCAAAUAAAACAUGGAUGUAUUCAAGUGAA